AUGGCAGAUUCGUACCUGAUCAAGUUUCUGCUGCGACAACUGCAGGUGCAACAGGCCGGAGAUGCCCAGCACCUGCUAAUGGUCUUCCUGGGACUCCUUAGCCUGGUUAGUGUGCUCCAGUGGCUCCUGCGAAACUAUAGGGAGCUCCGCAAGCUACCGCCAGGACCCUGGGGUCUGCCCGUCAUCGGGUAUCUGCUGUUCAUGGGCAACGAGAAGCACACCCGCUUCAUGGAACUGGCCAAGCAAUAUGGAUCCUUGUUCUCCACCCGACUUGGUAGCCAACUGACCGUGGUGAUGAGUGAUUACAAAAUGAUUAGGGAGUGUUUCCGCCGCGAGGAGUUCACCGGCAGGCCGGACACGCCCUUUAUGCAGACUCUAAAUGGAUACGGCAUUAUCAAUAGCACUGGUAAACUGUGGAAGGAUCAACGCCGUUUCCUUCAUGACAAGCUCCGCCAGUUUGGCAUGACAUACAUGGGCAGCGGGAAACAGCAGAUGCAGAAGCGCAUUAUGACGGAGGUUCACGAGUUCAUUGGUCAUCUCCAUGCCAGCGAUGGAAAACCCAUUGAUCUCUCACCUGUCAUCUCCGUGGCCGUGAGCAAUGUCAUCUGCAGCCUCAUGAUGUCCACUCGGUUUAGUAUUGAUGAUCCCAAAUUCCGUCGCUUCAAUUUCCUCAUCGAAGAGGGAAUGCGUCUGUUUGGUGAGAUCCAUACCGUGGACUAUAUACCCACGAUGCAGUGCUUCCCCAGCAUCUCCACGGCCAAGAAUAAGAUUGCCCAGAAUCGGGCAGAGAUGCAGCGUUUCUACCAGGAUGUGAUUGAUGAUCACAAGCGUAGCUUUGAUCCCAGUAAUGUUCGUGACCUGGUUGACUUUUAUCUCUGCGAAAUUGAGAAGGCCAAGGCCGAGGGCACUGAUGCAGAGCUUUUCGAUGGCAAAAAUCAUGAGGAACAGCUGGUUCAGGUGAUCAUUGAUCUGUUUUCGGCCGGCAUGGAAACCAUCAAGACCACCCUCCUGUGGAUCAAUGUGUUUAUGCUUCGCAAUCCCAAGGAAAUGCGUCGCGUUCAGGAUGAGCUUGAUCAGGUGGUGGGACGUCAUCGUCUGCCAACAAUGGAGGAUCUGCAGUACCUGCCCAUUACCGAGUCCACCAUUCUGGAGUCCAUGCGUCGCUCUAGCAUUGUGCCCCUGGCCACCACACACUCACCCACAAGAGAUGUGGAACUCAAUGGGUACACCAUACCGGCCGGCUCGCACGUCAUCCCGCUGAUCAACAGUGUCCACAUGGAUCCCAGUUUGUGGGAGAAGCCCGAGGAGUUCCGGCCGUCGCGGUUCAUCGACACCGAGGGCAAGGUGCGCAAGCCCGAGUACUUCAUCCCCUUUGGCGUGGGGCGGCGGAUGUGCCUUGGCGAUGUGUUGGCACGAAUGGAGCUCUUCCUGUUCUUUGCCUCCUUCAUGCACUGCUUUGACAUUGCCCUGCCCGAGGGUCAGCCAUUGCCCAGUCUCAAGGGUAAUGUAGGUGCCACCAUUACGCCGGAGUCUUUCAAGGUUUGCCUGAAGCGCCGUCCACUGGCGCCCACAGCCGCUGAUCCGCAUCAUAUGCGCAAUGUUGGCGCCAAUUGAAAGUGAUCCUGGCCAGGCUAAAGGAUGCCCAGGAGAUCUGCAGAGCACGGUUUUGUUCCUACACAAAAAAAAGCACACAUAAAAAAGAAAAGAAAAACAAGUUUGAAAAAAAAAAGCACAAAGGAGAAAACACAAACACAAACCCCUAAAGGAGGCGACCGCUCCUCGCUAGCGAGGAGGAGACGGGUCCCAAGGAGGAGAGGAGCCAGAGGAGCCAGCCAAGCCCAUCGAGGCUUGGACUGCAACCAAAUCUAUUCUUUCACCCCCAAGAAGCUGUGUUCAACUAACUUUAAUUACCCCUUAGUAGUAGUCUGUAUCAUAGUUACGAUUCAAUUCCAUAGGCUAGCCCUUAAUGUUUAUGUUUUUAUAUAUCUAUAAGCCUUAGGUUUAGUUAUUAAUUUUAUUAUUAGCGCUAUUAUGGGGCCCCUGCUGUCAGUGCCGAUGCUAAUUGCUAAUGCUAAAGCCAGCAGCAGGGGCCGACUAAGUUUAGUUAGUUAACGUUCUUGUUUAUUUUAUAGUAUUAGUGCUAGCUUAAUGUCCAAAACACACAACAAGCAACCAACAAACAAACAAAACAAAACAAACUGUGGUUUAGUCUUACAAGCACACAUAAUAAAAAAAAGCAAACAAUUCGAAAAUAAAGAAAAAUUUGUGG